AUUAUAGAUUUUUGAGUGCAGUGGUUCUGGUUUUCAUUCCCGUUCCGACUAAACACUGCGGCUAUGGACCUUGCUUUCCCUUCCUGCACCAUUUUAAUUUGAUUUUUAGGGCAAAAUCCACUUCUCCAAGCUCAAUCCCAAUCCCAAUCCAAAUCCCAUUCCCAAUCUCAUAUCGCAUUGCUCUUUCCCUCUCUACUUCUCUCCGCGCUUUUCAGCUCCCAUUUUAUAGUUGUCUCACACUAGGGUUCCACAGCGUCUUCCCCGAAUUUCUCUGGUUUUUUUUCUUGUGGAAAUCAGUGGAAGAUUGCAUACUGGUCAUAAGUGGGUGACAGCUUUUACAAGCGCAAUUUUUCUCGGGAAAAUUAUUUGUUUGAAAAAUUCUUCUGUACACAGUCUAUAGAAAUUAAUGAAUUUUUUCCCCCUUUUCUGAAAAGUGGAACAAUUUAUAGUAAUUCUUUUAGUCCAUACUAAUACAAAUACCACAGAAUAAAAAAAAUGGCAGAGCCUGAUCUAACAAAGAAAGUGGCCGAUAGAUACUUGAAGCGUGAGGUUCUCGGUGAGGGUACUUAUGGUGUCGUCUACAAAGCCAUCGACACUAAGACAGGACAGACAGUGGCAAUAAAGAAAAUUCGUUUGGGAAAGCAAAAGGAAGGUGUAAACUUUACAGCACUUAGAGAAAUUAAACUGCUAAAAGAGCUCAAAGAUCCAAACAUAAUUGAGUUGAUUGACGCAUUCCCCCACAAAGGAAACUUGCAUCUUGUGUUUGAAUUUAUGGAAACAGACCUUGAAGCUGUUAUUCGAGACCGAAACAUAUUUCUUUCACCCGGUGACAUAAAAUCCUACCUUCAAAUGACAUUGAAAGGGCUUGCUGUUUGCCAUAAGAAAUGGGUCUUGCACAGGGAUAUGAAGCCCAACAACCUGUUGAUAGGGCCUAAUGGACAGCUUAAACUUGCAGAUUUUGGUUUAGCACGAAUAUUUGGGAGCCCAGAUCGUAGGUUCACACACCAGGUCUUUGCUCGAUGGUAUAGAGCACCUGAGUUGUUGUUUGGCACCAAGCAAUAUGGUUCUGGGGUGGAUGUUUGGGCGGCAGCUUGCAUUUUUGCUGAACUUCUUCUACGUCGACCUUUUCUGCAGGGAUCUAGUGAUAUUGAUCAGUUAGGAAAAAUCUUUGCUGCUUUUGGGACUCCAACAUCUUCUCAGUGGCCUGACAUGGUCUUCCUGCCUGAUUACGUGGAAUACCAAUAUGUUCCUGCACCCCCUUUGCGUUCAAUGUUUCCAAUGGCUAGUGAUGAUGCUCUUGAUUUAUUAUCAAAGAUGUUUACCUAUGAUCCAAAAUCUAGAAUAUCUGUGCAGCAAGCAUUGGACCACAGGUACUUUACCUCUGCACCUUUGCCUACAGUUCCUAAUAAGCUACCUAGACCUGCUCCUAAGCGGGAGUCUAAGAAUUCAGAUUUUGAUCCAAAUGAGGGUCCAACUGUAUUGUCACCUCCCAGAAAAUCAAGGAGAGUGACUGCACAGCCAGAGGGUUUUGAAGGAGGUGAAAUCAGACAGCCAGCUGGGGAAAAUACAAGUAGGAAUGAGCAUGUGCCGAUGUCAGUAGAUUUUUCAAUAUUUGGUGCAAAACCCCCAAAUAGACCUACCAUUAACAGUGCUGAUAGAACACAUCUGAAGAGGAAACUAGAUCUUGAAUUUCAACACCCUGAAGAAUCUAUGCGCUGAAAGCAUUUCUUAUAUGUUUAAAGGAUGUAACAUUGUUGGCUCACAUUACCGAGGUAUGCAUCAAUUACUUUAAAUUAUGUUGCUACCUCCUAUAACUCCAUGUAGUAUAGGCUUUUAUUGGCUAUUUUACUUGUUCUUAGAACGAUGACAUAUUCAGUGAAGUGCUGGAGAGCGAUAGGAUGUGAGUUUGUGGGCUGAAAACUGAUGGUGAUUUGAUUAUUUAAAAAAAAAGGAAAAAAAAAAUGAGACGCAGAUUAAAUAAGAAAUGAUGAUAAGCACAGAGAAUUUGUACCAUAGCUCAGGCAAGACCCAAAAUUUUGGAAGUUGUUUUCUUCUUCCCUGUUCAUUUACAAAUUGUAACUAUUUCUUCUGAGAUUAUGGUACGGAUAGUCAAGUGCCGACUACGGAGCUGACUAGUGUAGUUGUCUGAGUAUAGAUUAAGACCUACUUAUAUAAGGGCCAUUAGUGACAUUAUCUUUGGCUCUAUUUUGACUGCUUUUGUGUGUUAAUUGUGAACUGUGAAGUCUUCCUAGGCAGAGAGACUGGAUUUUGUAUCUACUUUUCUUGAAGGAUGAUAAAUUUGUAACCUUCAAUGAUUUGAUUGUUAUAACAUCUGUAAUUCCAUGGAGGAAUUUUAAUUUGGAUA